AUGGCCUCCCCAGACGAGUCUGCCGCUACCCAGACGGCCUCCGUCAACACCCUAGGCCUCGAGUUGGAGCAGCUCACUGUCUCCCCGUCUCAGCCAGACGAUACGCCAGCCAAAGAAGAAGCUGUCUCGACACCGACGGAUCCAGAAUCCAAGGACAAGGACAAGAGGGCAAAAGAGAAGGAGAAGCCGUACCACAAUCCCGAUCGCGUUCUGACAGGCGGCUCUCAGCGAGACAAACUCACUGAAGAUGAGCUGAAAGAGCGCAUGACCCGCAUCAGGGAACAGAAUGAGAAGAUCAAGCAGCGGCGCGUCGACGUCGAUGCGGAUGAACGAGCAUUCAAGCAAACGCAAGAGGUCGAACGGCAGCGCCAGGCCAAGACUCGGAAGGUUCAGGACUCCAUCGACCACGCCCGAGAGCAGAACGCGCAGCGCAAAAUGGAGAAGCUUCAGAGUCGCGAGUGGGAUUCUGGUAAGAAGACGGCCCCACCCGGGUCGAGGACAAAGCCCGUUCCUCCCCCAGCCGGGGACAUCAAGAUCUCCAAACCCGCCUCGUCCACCCCUACCGCCCCCGAAGGACCAGCCGCUCCCGCAGAGACUCCUGUUGCAUCUGCUUCAGGCGCGUCAGAACCUGUGGCGGUCGCCAGCAAUCCAGCCUCCCCGACCUCCCCCGGCAGGAGCGAGACCAGUCCUCGCGGACGAGGUGGCAGAGGUCGAGGGGCAGGCGGUCGAGGCAGAGGUCGCGGUCGAGGCAGGGGAGUUGGGGAGGCCAUGGCGUCCCCGACGGCGGGAACACCCACCUCACCUUCCGCUUCUUGA